CUCGAUCAUGUUGUUAAUAUGAACUUACUGGCUGUCGUAUAUUGUGACUCUGUUUCGUUUCUUGCAAAAUUCACGACGUACUCGAUACUUACAUCCUCGACGGUAUGCACUAGGAAGGUGAUAUAGGAUGAACCAGCAACAUGGCGUAUUUCUGCCUCCAGCACAGUCUCACCCGAUUCUCCAGCAAAAUUCUGCCAACGUAUCUGCAGAGCAUUUGCGAGACAAUGCAGCCGCUCUAAGUACCCCCCUGAGUCCCAUGUUCUCUCCUCCAGGAAGUGGACACUCGACACAUACCAACACGGCCAUGUCAUCUAGGCCAUACAAUCCUCAACAAUGGGGUCAAAGUAGUCAUGUUGGAGGGACGCAUAUGGCCUUUUCUCCUACACAAAGGUUUGCCAGGGAUGCUACUGGCAUGGAAGCAUCGAUGCCGUCUCCGCCACCACCUUAUACAGCGCCUUCGGACAGCACUCCUCGCUUGCUGCGUUCAGUACCCUCGACAGGCUUCUUGCCUUCUCCAUUGGCGAUGGAACCAUCAUCAGCUGGUAGUUCAAGUCAUCGUUCCAACCCGUUGGCUGGUUCGACUGCACACUUCCCUCCACCUCCAAAUGCUCAGAAUCGUGAUCGAUCAAGCUCUGGAGCAGGUAGAGACCCUCAAAGAUCUAGAUUUAGUAUCACCGGACUGGCUGCCCGCGUCAAGCGAUCUGAUAGCUCUGAUCAAAUAUCUACCUUAAGUCAUAUGCAAACCCCAGUGCCACAGAGCUCCACGGAACCUAUCUCCCGACCGCCCGCUUCGCGACGGGCUGCAUCUACUGGAGCCAUCCAGACGCACGCUUCUCAACACAAAUCUGCAGGCAGACUCUCGCCCGAGCAUUAUCAUUGGGAGCCUGGCAUGCCACUUCCUCCACCUCCACCAGGACCUCCCCCUACUCCCAGCCACAGAUCUCAGAGUCUCAACCGGUAUGCAAGACCAUCUCAAGAGGUACGAGCUGCUGCAGCUUCACCAAAUGUGCUAUCAACCUCUCCUCUUCCACCACCUCCUCCUCCUCCUCCUCCUCCAACCAGAAGAAGACAUGAGAACACACUUGGUGAGAUCCCUCCCACACCCUCAGACUGGAACCCAGAUACGGAGAGUGUUUCGUCUAGCUAUAUGGAGCUGCGUAUCAACACCGGGACACGAAGCAUCGGUCGCACUGUGGAUAAUAUCAGCCAGGGUCGUGCUUCAGCGAACAGAGACAUUGCAGACAGCAUACGUGAGAGAAGAUCGCGAAGUAAAGUCAAGAGAAGUGGUCAGGAAUCAGAUCAAGACUCCCAAAACGACCGGAGAUGCGCAGAGAAUACGACCCCGGCGCUUACAAAGCCUACCAAUCUCACACUUACCACUACUUCGGACGGUCUGCUACGAAGAAGACGUACUGCAGAUUCUGAGCCAUCUUCGUCUCAAUCUAGCCCAGCUCAGCUUUCGUCGCCAGAAUACAACCGUCCUCAGCGACAUGGACGACACGCCUUGACAAUCUUGACACCUCCAUACACACCUUCUGUCGCUGCUCCCGUGCACAAGAAUAAUUCUCAACAUGCUACUCCUCUUGACGAGCAGCACCCUUCCACAGGAUCAUCCCGAAGAGACUUCUCGCAGCCAGACAAGUUUCGCUCGGACGCUACAAAUACGAUUGGACCUGCACACUCCAUCGAGCUUACAGAUUUUGCGCGCUCUAGUCUGACACGGUUCCAAGGGUUCAUCGAUCAAGAAUCUACAGCCCAGAAUGAUCGCGAGAGACUGGAACUCUUUGCCAGCUUCAUGGUUCAAGAAUCUAGAUUGCGAAGGGGACGCUACUCAGAGGCCUUCAACACUAUGGCCGGGGAUAUCAUGGACCUCACACGGGACAUGUGGAGGCCGUUAUCCGCUGCGGCUGAGCACAAUGCAGUUCAAGUGCAGAGUCGGAACACAAGUCCCGAAAGUGCGAACAUCAUGAUUGAUCUUGACGCUAGCUUCCAUGCGUCAGUCACUUCCACUGCAGAACAUACGCCGGCUACUGAUACAGAGUCUGUGACCGAUGAGAGCGAGGAUGCUGCGGGCAGACGACCACCCAAUCCUUGGGGUGACAAGUUCAAGCCGUGUCUCUCGCCAAUCCCAAGCAUGGCUAUGAGUACAGUGCCAGACGAGCAAAGUUCGAGGGGUAGAUCGGCCAGUCGAUGGUGGGAAGAAAGUGUUGAUGGCUCGAUCGGUAAUGGAGGGCGUAGGCAUGAGAGGACCAAGCAAGAGUCCAAGUACAUGAGUCUGCACCCUCAGGAGUUAUACAUUGCCGCACAGCCAUCGCCCAACCAAGGUACGCCCACGCCCGGCACCAGCAAUCAGACUUUCCAGUAUGGUUCCGAGGAAUAUCCUCAAGAGAAAAUUGGUUGGCACGAAGAUGACGACCUGUACACUCCAUCGAACCCACCAUCUACAGCCCCACUCUCAUCUCGCGGUAAGGCACCAAUAAGUCGUAUUGCUGGCAAACCGGCUCUUGAUGUCACAAGACUUGUCACACUUCCGCCACCAUAUCCACGUCAUUACCCGGCAGUCAAUAACAGUCAUCCUGCAUUGAGCACGCUCAGGGCAAAUUUCAGGGCAGUUGCAGAUCUUACGAACGUACGCGAAGUCAUUCGAUCUCACGAGUCGGUCGAGGUUAGUCGACGUCAAUCCUGGAGAACAUCAGCUGGAGAGAGGCUUCGCCAUUUCCGCUCGCAAACACAAACGUCGAUCAACUCAGGCAAGAUCUCAUACAACGACGCCACCCAAGCCGAAUUGACAUUUCGCCAAUACGAGUCUGCAACCGCGCUCAAGCAGGCUGACACUCAAUGUCAGGACUUCCGCCAGAGGAUACACGAACCUGUGCACAGAAUGCUCGCUGAACAUGUGCGGAGCUGUGAUAACUAUAUUGACCAACUCAUCGAGGCUCUUGAUGCAGAGGCCCAGUGUGAUCAGAACUUGCUAGCCCAAACGGAAGGAGAUGAGAGACCCGAGCUCGUCGAGCAGCUUACACUCUUGAAGUGGCUCUUCGAAAGCAGAGAGCAAAUUCACAAGGAACGAUUCGACCUUGACACUGCGCUUCUUGCAAGGGAAUCUGCAACCGUCCUGACCAACUAUCAACAAAACGCAAACGAGAUGCAGCUGCGUCAAGCCGAACGGCAUUUUGCACUUGAACGACAAAGACGACAGCUUCAGUAUGCCGGACAAACCAACACGAGGUUCGAUCACUUACGCAAGACUGUGGAGAGGCAUACAUCUAGAGGAGUCGAAAUUCAGCUGUCGGCUUUCUGGGACAUUGCGCCUGGUCUAGCUGAGGUUGUGCACAAGAUUCCCCUCAACUUGCAAAGCUUCGAGAUUGUGGUGCCCUCAAACGAACUGGCAGAAAACACAUCUUAUCAGGAAUUUCCUUUGCAAUAUAUGUACACCAUUCUGGUACACGCCAAGAAGUCUGCAUACCAGUUCAUCGAAGCGCAGACCAAUCUACUGUGUCUGCUGCAUGAGGUGCACACAGCGACGGAAGCCGCUUCACUCCGUUUGCGUGAAAUUGAGCGCGGUGCAGCAGGUGAGGUUGCGGACCAAGUGCAGGCAGAGAUGACACACCACAAGAAGCGCAAGGAGCAGGAGCUGACUGAAGAUCUGCAAGGCAAAGUUCGCGAGGUAGAGAAUCAGUGGAGAGAGGCGUUGGGAGCGUCGAUCGAGGAGUGCAUUGAGAGGGUUAGAGCGUGGUUAGAACACACUGGUGGCUGGGAAGAGAGCCUGGAGGUUUGAACGCAACGGCGAGCAAGCGAGAUGAAAACAUUGAAUGAUUGGACAGACUUUGUUGAUGUGCCGCGUGGAAGUUUGACAGCCAGAGCGACAAACAUGUGACUAUUCGGCCAUCUGGGUGGCAGAUGUCGCUUGGUUGAGCACAAUCAAACAAUUAGGCACAACCGCAUGCGGCCACCAACAUCUGGCCCUGACUAGCACCUGCCUGAUUGUGAGAGUGGAUGAAAGAGGUCGUGGUUCCAAUAAAGAAGGAGGGCCAUCACGUGCCGGGUGUUGCCGAGUCACCAGCGAUUGUGGGCAGCUUUACGGGUAGCAAAAACUCUUUGAAGAACUUCUCUUUCACCGCACGCAUCC